GACCUUUUGACACACAGGUGGAAAGCGUGUGGUGGACCUUAGCCAAUUUCGCAUCUAGAUCUGGAUUGUGAAUAUUUUCCUCUUCUAAUGCUCGCGAGCUCAGCGUGGGAUUCAUUGUUAAAGUUCAGGUGUUCUCUUACAUUACCAUGAACGAGUAUUUAUUGGUUUUGUUACAACUUAAUAUUCUGUCAGUCAGUUCAACGCUAUAAAAGCAAAGAGUCAGUACAUCCCGUCACAACAAGCUCCGUUAUUAUCAUAUGCAGGUCGAUAAGUAAAGCGAUUCRAAGCGAUGGAAAAUCAAAAACAUAACUUUUCUAAUCUCACCGAAGAAGCGGAAGGAAUAAAAGACGAUGAUUCACGACUCGGAGGAUUUCAGGCAGCUACGGAUGUUCCGCUUCUUUCUAUUGGUCUUUUGUCGUUUUUGACAAACUUGUUUAUCAUCACAACAAUCCUUAGAAGACGAAAUCUACGAACAACUAGCAAUCUUAUUUUGGUCAGUUUAGGGAUUUCCGACCUCCUGACCGGUUUAGUUGCCGUACCGCUUCAAAUAACCUGUUCUGUGGUGCUGGACAGAGGAUUGUGCAUCGCAACUGCCAUCUUCACAAAAUUUAUUUCCAUCUCUACAAUCGUCCACAUCUCUAUUAUCACAGUGGAUUGGCACAUAUUCAUAAUCCAUGCGCUUCGAUAUCACGUCUUAGUCCGCAAGAGAUACGUUUUAGCAACACUUUUCGUCGUCUGGCUGAUCAAUUCAGGAAUCGCGUUAGUGCGCCUCGCUUGGGCCUUGGAGAUCAAUGUCACUGAAGACGAAGACGACAAACUGCACAAUAAAGAAACUCAAUAUAACUUAUUCUGCCUUGGGAUUUUCUGCCUCCUGCUCAUGACCAACAUCAUCUUGGACGUCAACAUGCUGGUUGUCCUUGGUAAACAAGUAAAUAAAAUUAUCAAGCACAAUCUGACCCGUGAAUGCCUCGUCCAUGAAAACCGUAUGCGAUCCAACCAACGCAGGGCGGUCAUCAUGUGUGUUUUGAUGCUGGUAAUCAACGUCAUCCUAUGGUUGCCCUACUUUACGUACGAUCUUUGGCAAGAUCAAGGCGCAUGGGUGCUCAGUUUGGAAGGCGAGUAUGUUAUUCUUAGCGUACGAGUUCUAAGCUCAUUGUUGAAUCCCAUUAUCUAUACGAUUGGUCAAAGAACUCUUCGAAAAGUGGUUGUCAAGAAGUUGCGUGUUGCUUUUGCGUGUAAACAAAGCCAGGAGUUUAAAACUGAGGAAAUUCCGUUGAAUGAGAUCACAAGAAACUGAUUUAAAUCAACGAGACGUUUUCCAUGCUCGGUUUUAUUGAAACUAUCUAAAAGCAUACGGUGGGAUGGACUCUGUUAAAGUGUAAAACUAAAGAAAUUUCUUUGAAUGAGAUCACAAGAAACUGAUUUAGAUUUUAGAUCGACGAGACGUUUUCCUUGCCCUGUUUUAUUGAAGCUGUCUAAAGUGGGACGGACUCUGUUAAAUGCGUUUUACGAGAGAAUGCCAAGCGUAAUAGGGCUUUAUGGUGUAGGUGGAGCUAGAGUUUUUAUCGCGUCAAACUCGGCAUCGAGAUAUAAUUUUGUGUAAAUAAGUUCCUAAAAACAACAAUGGCAAUAACAACGGUUACAACAACAAAAUCUGAAAAACUAAUAAAGAAAGAGGCACAAAAAGAAACAUUAUUAUUCUUUUGGGUUUUUUGAGACCGUUUAAAUGAGACUUCUUCUGGAUUAAAGAAAAGUUAAAACUGAGCAUGCAUCAAGAAUUAAAAAGGAAGAAAAAAAGCAUUUUAAAAAGAGAGAGAAGAGACUAAUCAUCAAGGAACUGAUGGAACUAGUUCUUGUUCCUCGAGGCUUGGCGGCAGGAGAGCACAAACAAUUUCAAGAUGUCUUGAAAAAAUCCCUGCAGAACCCCGACAAGUACAAAGACUAGAUUAUAGAAUUAUAUUUCAAACUUGAUAUCUUUUCAAGUAUACAUCCAAAAUAUGAUUAACGACUCUUGCUCCAAGGCUCAUUUCUAGGUUCCGAUUCUCAGUCUAAGACUAAACUCAUAACUCAAUAUUCCAAAAAUCAUUGACAGCUAUCCCUGCUAUUUUCAAGUAUGCUGUCUGCACUGUUAAUUCAAUCUGGUUUAUCGGAAUACUGGGUAGUAAUUUACUUCCUCGACUUUUAUUAAAAAGUUGUUUUGUCUCAGACUAUAAUUUAACAAAGGUAAUGAGUUUUCGGUGUUCCUAUUUAACUUUUAGGUUAUUAAUUAGAAGUAAAAGGAAUGCGAAGGUGUGAUAUCGUGUCUUAUGAGUGGGCAUCUUGUAGUUAAUAAAUUACACCGAUAAAUAUAGAUUUUAUGGUCUAGCGCCUGUAAUAAAAGUGAUGUUUUUAGGGGAA